GCCCACCUAGCCCUGGGCAUGCCCAUUGACGUGUCACUUUAAUUGACUACAACAAUGAAUUGAGUGGUCGACGUUAUUGCCAAGAAGUUGCCGACAGCACUACUCUAUAAUUAGACCUCUUGGUAAAUGGUAAUCGCUCAUACUGAGAGUUUGUGAGCACGACUUCUUCCAUGGCCUUUCAAUUAGUAGCUUCUUCCUCCUUUUCAUGUCCUUCCAUCCAUCUAUGGAAUCAUGAUGUAUUCUUGAAUUUUAGAGGUAAAGAUGUUCGCCACAACUUUAUUUCUCAUCUAAAGCGUGCUUUGCGUCAAAGUGGAAUCAAGACUUACAUGGAUGGCGUCGACCUUGAAAGAGGAGAACAAAUUUCAUUAGAACUUUUCAAAGCUAUUGAAGAGUCACAAAUUUCGAUCAUUGUAUUAUCUAAAAACUAUGCAGAAUCCAGAUGGUGCUUAGAUGAGCUAUUGAAGAUUCUUGAAUGCAAAAAAAUAAAGAAACAAAUUGUUCUACCAAUAUUCUAUAAGGUAAAACCGUCUGAAGUACGAGAACAAAAAGGAAGAUUUGGAGAAGCAUUCAUUAAACUUGGAAAGGAAAUCAAGGAUGCCAAAAAGCCAUUGCUGGAAUCCUGGAAGGAAGCUUUAGAAGAAGUAGCCAAUUUAUCUGGAUUGGAAUAUUUAGCAAUCGGGGAUGAUGAGUCAGAAUUUAUCCAAAAAAUCAUUCUGUGGGUGAACCCAAAAAUAGUAAAUCGAACACCUUUAAGCGUUGCCAAGCAUCCAAUUGGGAUAGAGUCUCGUAUACGAGACAUUUAUCAGCGUUUAAGUAUCGAAAGGAAUGAUAUUAUACGUGUGUUAGGGAUAUUCGGAACCGGUGGAAUUGGUAAGACAACUAUUGCAAACGAUAUUUAUAAUCAGAUUUCUUCUCAAUUUGAAGGAUGUUGUUUCUUGACAAAUAUUAGAGAAACUUCAAAACAAGUGAGAGGUCUGAUUCAACUACAAAAUACACUUCUUUCAGAGAUCUUAGGAACAAAAUUGGAUAUUAAUGAUGUUGAUAAAGGAGUCCAUGUAAUUGGGCGUAGACUUCAAUCUAAAAGGAUUCUACUAAUUCUUGAUGAUGUGGAUGACUUGGUCCAACUAGAAAAAUUAGUUGGUGAUUGUGCUUGGUUUGGUUAUGGAAGUAGAGUCAUCAUAACAACAAGAGAUCAACAUAUACUAGAUAACUAUGAAGUUGAUUCAAAAUACGAGGUGAUGACUUUGGAUGACAAUGAAGCUCUUCAACUCUUUAGCUUGCAUGCUUUCGAGGAAAAAGAACCACUUGAAGAUUACAUGGACCUCUCUAAACAAGUGAUAAAAUAUGCUCAAGGUCUUCCUCUAGCUUUAACAGUGCUAGGUUCGGAUCUAAAAGGUCGAAAUAUAGAUCAAUGGAAAAGUGCAUUGGAUAAGUAUAGAAAAAUUCCCCACCGAAAAAUUCAGAACGUACUUCAAAUAAGUUACGAUAGUUUGGAAGUUAGUGAGAAAGAGAUGUUCCUUGAUAUUGCAUUUUUCUUCAAAGGAGAACCUUUGGCUAAGAUCAUGGAAAUAUUUGAUAGUUGCGGUUUUUAUCCGGUUCAUGGUAUCCAGAGGCUUAUGGAAAAGUGUCUUAUUACUACUAUACCGGUUAAUGAUGUAGAUGUUCGGAUGCAUGACUUGCUACAAAAUAUGGGUCGAGAAAUUGAACGAGAAAAAUCAUCCAAAGAUCCUAGCAAACGCAACAGAUUGUGGUUUCACGAGGAUGUUCGUGAAGUGUUGGAAGAAGAUAUGGGGCCAAAUGAAAUUGAAGGCAUGGUAAUAGAUUUACCUGAAGGCGAUGAGGAGAUAAGAUUGCAUCCAGAAGCAUUUCGACACAUGAAAAGACUUAGGAUCUUGAUAAAUCGUAACGCACGUUUUUCUCAUGGACCUAAUUAUCUCUCCGAGAAGUUAAGAGUCCUUGAUUGGUAUAACUAUCCUUUACCAUAUUUGCCACAUAAUUUUCAAGGGAAGAAUCUCAUUGUCUUUAGAAUGCAUGAUAGCAUCAUCAAGGAAUUAGGAGAUGGAUUCAAGCCCAAGAAUUUGACGACCAUGGCUUUCACGUGUUGUAGUUACUUAACAGAAAUUCCAGAUCUUUCAAGCACCCCUAAUUUGAAGGAAUUGACUCUCCAACAUUGUAGAAGAUUAUUUAAGGUGCAUGAGUCCGUUGGAUCUUUGGAAUAUCUUUCUAAUUUGGAUUUUCACAGAUGCUCUAAACUGCGAAUUCUUCCAAGAAGCCUUAAGUUGAGAUCUUUAUGUCGGCUUGAUCUUGGAUGUUGCUCAAGCCUCCGUGAUCUUCCUGAAAUCGAGUGUAAAAUGGAAUCUUUACAUGAAUUGGUUCUAAAAGGCACUGCAGUAGAAGAACUACCUUUAUCCAUUGGGAACAUUGUUGGACUUGAGCAAUUAUAUCUAACCGAUUGCAAAAACCUUAUGCAUCUCCCAAUUGCUUUGAUCCAGUUGCAAUAUUUACGCUGGCUUUGUAUUGCUGGUUGUACAAAUAUUGUAAAGAAUAUGUGGGAUGAUGGACAAUCCCUUGAUUUGCCUAAUGAUUCUACAACAAUGGAAGACAAUAUAUCAAAUUCAAGCACUGCAUUACAAGUAUCAAAUAUUCAAAUUAGUUGUUCCCAUUCAGAAUCAAAUUUCUUUCCACUAUAUUGUUUCUUUACCAUGUUUAAUUCCUCGACCAGCUUGCAUUCGUUAGAUUUAUCGGAGACUGAUAUUGUUAGCCUUCCCACGAACAUCAAAGAAUUCAUUACACUAACUCAUCUUGACUUCAGAAAUUGUCAUAAACUUGAAGAAAUAGCAGAACUUCCUCCAAAUAUAAGAACAGUAUAUGUUGAAGGAUGCAAGUCACUAGAAAGAUUUUCGGAAGUAUCAGAAAUAUUGGAAUUCAAUGGAAGCCACAUCAAAUCGCUAGAAAGAAUUGAUCUGUCUGAUUGCGACAAAAUGCAUGAGAAUAUAUGGAAUGAUAAAGUGCAAAAUCCUUUAUUGUGGAAGGGACUCUAUGAUUAUGUUCAUGAGUUUUUAGAUAAUGAGAUGGAGAAGGGGCCUGAUGAUGAUGCCCGACAGAGGGGAACAGAAGAAUGGGCAAUAGAUAUUGAGGGGCCACACUAUUUGGAGGAUAUUAGUGGAAUUGUAUUGUAUGUUGUACUGUUUUUCCAUGGUGGUAAUGGGUGGCAAAGAAUUGAUCGUGAUGUUAAGAUUACCAGCAAGGGCUCAAAUCAUGUAUGCAGUGUUCAGAAAGGGGUAGAAUUGGUUAAUCGGGAUUGA